AUGUGGGAGAAUGACGAUAAACCAGAUCACAAUAGGUCUUCCUCUUCUGGUGAUGAACCUCAGGAUGCAGAUUAUUCUCAGUGGUCAUCGCUUAGCUAUGAGUUAGAGAACCUAGUUUUUGCUAGAUUUCCAAGGUCAGAGUACUGGAAAUUAAGCUUUGUGAAUAAGAGGUGUUUGGCUCUUUUAAACAGUGGUGAGCUUUAUAAGAUUAGGAGGGAAAUUGGAUUUAAAGAAUCUUCUGUUUUCGUGUUGGCAAUUGGGGAAAGCAGUUGGUGGACAUUUGAUCGAGAAUUUAAGUCUCGUAGGAAGCUGCCAAUUUUACCAUCAGAUUCUUGUUUUUCAUUGGGAGAUAAAGAGUCCCUUUGUGCCGGGACUCAUCUUCUUGUCUCAGGCAAUGAGAUUGAUGGUCUUGUUCUUUGGAGAUACGAAUUGGCAAAGAAUAAAUGGUACAAAGGUCCAUCUAUGAUUAGCCCAAGAUGCUUGUUUGCAUCUGCAACUUGUGGUACCUCUGCUUACGUGGCCGGUGGGAUAGGGGCAGCAGCGAACAGUGAAGUCUACGAUUCUGCUGAAAAAUAUAAUCAAGAUGACGGAUCGUGGGAACUACUUCCAAGGAUGAAGAGGAGGAGGAAACUUUGCUCUGGAUGUUACAUGGACAAUAGAUUUUACGUGAUUGGGGGACGAAAUGAACAUGGAGAACUAACGUGUGGUGAAUUUUUCGAUGAAACUGUAAAUAAAUGGAAGCUCAUACCAGACAUGUUGAAAGAUGAUCCAGUACAAUUAGCCCAUUCACCGCCUCUUGUUGCUGUUGUAAAUAACGAGUUAUACUCACUUGAAGCUUCUUCAAACCAGCUGAAGAUGUACUUGAAGAACACGAAUGAAUGGAAGCAUUUGGGGCCAGUUCCAGUACGAGCUGAUGGCAGCAGAGGUUGGGGUGUUGCAUUCAAGUCUUUGGGAAACGAACUGUUGGUAGUAGGAGCAUCCUCUGCUGGUAAUUGCAUGGCCAUAUAUACCUGCUGCCCAGAUGCUAAUACCGGGGAAAUCCAGUGGAGACCUGUUGACAGUGGCAGAAAUCGACUUAGUCACUUCAUUUUAAAUUGUUCCAUAAUGGUAGCUUGA